AUGGGUCUCCACAUCUCGGUCGUGCUUGCUCUCGCCGCCACCGUCGUGCAAGGCGCGCCGCUCCCGACCAAGAACGCGACGCUGCCCAAAGACAACACGACGGAGACGGCGACGCUGAAGAACCAGUUUCCGACGCGGCAGUGGGGCAUUCAGCGCGGCUGGCGUUACUGGUACCUAGACGACGGCAAGUGGAUGGCCCUUUGGACGUUGACAGACUUAUGGACCACCAUGAGUGGGUCGGCCGUCGCGACCAAUUGCCGCGACUGCGGCGGUUCGAAAGCGUGGCAAGUCUACCAGUCGCCCGGGUCCGACAAGUUCGAUAUGCUGCGGCACGUCGAUACGGACUUGUGCCUCGACGCCUACUGGGACAACGAAGCUGGGAAGCCGAAGGUGCACGGGUAUCCCUGCAAUGUCCAGAACAGCAACCAGCACUGGGACUUUGAUCUCCACGGCCUGUUCGAAGGCUGGAUCCGACACCGCAAGUUCCAUGACUGGAUUUUGUACGGCGCGCAAACAUACGAAAUGAUCCACGUCGACGACUGGCGCGCUCUUCAGGACGAUGAUGCGUGGUAUCAGUUUAUUCCCUAA